AUGCUAGUCCUCGCUGCUCGGAGGUGCUACGGCCACGAUUGGUCCCGUCCCAGCAGAGGCCGACACAACACGGCACAGCGCAGCACAACACGGGGCGGCGCUUUCCGCUCCAGCGCGCAGCAGCCGGGCCGUCAGCGCGACGAGAGGACGUUGACAGUGUGCAGCGACUCCGGCAAGCCUUCCGGAAGAAUGGCUCCGCGAGGAGCAAAUAAGACGCACGCUGAGGGCCGCAAUCGUCAGGGGACGGCGAGCUCGAGGCGGCGCGACGGGCAGAGGCUGGAGCCUAGGGACUGGAGGUCUCGACACGGCAGUCGUGUCCAGGGCAGGACGUUUCGGCGCGGCGUGGCCCGUGCCUGCGAGCUGCCCCUGGCACUGCCGUGGCGACCCGCCGCGGCGCGCGCUGUCCGCACUGUGGCGACGCCGCCACCGACGCCGCCGCCGCCGCCGCCGCCGCCGCAGCCGCCUAGAGGCGCCACCUCCGACGCGACCUGCGCCGGACCGCACCGCGCCACGCCGCCGAGAACCGACCCCCCCCAGGCCAGCCACCACGCUCAGACGUACGUGCCCUCCACUGGAGCAACAUCACGGAUAGCGGGGCCGAGAUUUACGGCGAGCGUCCCUCAGUGGCAGGACACAGCGGCCAGCGGCGGACCACCGCCGCCGCCGCCACACCGCGCCGCGCCGCGCAGCGCGGGCCACGGCGGGCCUGCAGCACGCCUGGGAUUUAUCGGCGCGCCAGCGGACGGCGAUUGGCGCCAGACCAGACCGGCGCAGCCGGAGCACCCUAACAGGCCGCCUCGCACCUGCGCACUGUGCACGUAG